AUGAUCACCUUGUCGGGACGGCAAAUACAGCUUUGGUUAGGGUCUUUAGAAUUUGCAUUUGUUGAGACAAAAGAAUGCAACCCUCUGUCCUGGUUUUCUGGAAGAUUGAACGUCACAAGAUCCAGCAUUUUUGCCUUUGGCGUUGAUCGAAGUGAGUUAAUUCCGCAGUCUUUGGGAGAAAUCCUUUAG